UUGUGGGCCAGGGAAUUAAGAUCCUGGGUCAGAUGGCUGCUACGGUCAUUAACAUAUUUACAUUUUUGCUUAAGAGCCUGGUUGAGGAUCAAGGGAGUUAAGGGCGAUUGUCAUUGAAAUGCGGAGGAAACCUUGCAUGAAAUUGCCGUUAGUGUCUGGGGGGAUGAGGGGGGGCAAACGGCUUCCUCAUCCCUGAUCACUUGUCUGCCUGUCCCUGGACAGGCAGAAGGAGCUGCACUGAGGAAAGGCACCGUGGUGCCUGUGCUGUGGGAGCUUUGCUCCCCGUGGGGUUGGAGCCAGGCUCAGCACAGCCCUGUUGCUGCCUUCAGGCCCUGUCUGUCCUUGGGUGAGACCCUGAUGCUCGGCUGGACUUGUGGGACAGCUGGCCCCAAAGGAGAUCGUCAUGGAUAAAUGCAUGAAGCGGCUAGCAAAGUUUGAUCCUGACAACACUGGCUACAUCAGCACUGAGAAGUUUCGCUCCCUUCUCCAGAGACACGGCUCGGAGCUGGACCCCCACAAGCUGGAGGUCCUGCUAGCCCUGGCAGACAGCAACUCUGAGGGGAGGAUCUGCUACCAGGACUUCGUCAACCUGAUGAGCAACAAAAGGUCCAACAGUUUCCGCCAAGCCAUCCUGCAGGGGAACAGGAGGCUGUGCAGCAAGGCUCUGCUGGAGGAGACGGGGCUGAGCCUCUCACAGAGGCUGAUCCGGCACGUGGCGUACGAGACCCUCCCGCGGGAGAUCGACCGCAAGUGGUACUACGACAGCUACACCUGCUGCCCCCCGCCCUGGUUCAUGAUCACCAUCACUAUUGUAGAGGUUGCCUUUUUUCUUUACAAUGGAGUGGUCUUAGACAGAUUUGUGCUGCAAGUCAGCCACCCCUUGUACCUGAAGAAUGCAUUGCUGUACCAUCCCCAGCUUCGGGCCCAGGCUUGGAGGUAUCUAACCUACAUAUUCAUGCAUGCAGGGAUAGAACACCUUGGGCUCAAUGUUGUUCUUCAGCUCUUGGUUGGAGUUCCUCUGGAAAUGGUGCACGGAGCUGCGAGGAUCAGUUUUGUGUACGUUGCAGGAGUUGUGGCAGGGUCCCUGGCAGUGUCAGUGGCUGACAUGAGGGCGCCGGUGGUGGGCUCCUCUGGAGGUGUGUAUGCUCUUGUCUCCGCUCACCUGGCCAAUAUUGUGAUGAACUGGUCAGGAAUGAAGUGCCAAUUCAAACUGCUGCGCAUGGCCGUUGCCUUGAUCUGUAUGAGCUUUGAAUUUGGAAGAGCCGUUUGGCUGCGAUUCCACCCCUCCGCUUACCCCCCAUGCCCCCACCCCAGCUUCAUGGCUCACCUGGGAGGGGUGAUGGUUGGAAUCACCCUUGGUGUCAUCAUCCUGAGGAACUAUGAGCAGAGACUCCAAGAUCAGACUUUAUGGUGGAUCUUCCUUUCUAUUUACGUCAUUUUUGUCUUGUUUGCCAUCUUCUGGAAUAUUUUUGCCUACAGUCUGUUGGAUCUGAAGCUACCUCCCCCUCCUUGAAAACAUGGGACAGAAAACUGGAGAGCAGAAGUCAUCUGUCAGCUGUGUUAAAUGAAUGAAGAUGGAGUAUCUAUUUUUGUAUUUAACUUAGGGGAGGAUGAUUCUUCUGAACACAUGAGUGUGCUGGAGGAGGUGCUUAAAGAUCUCAUGAAAAAGUGGGCUGAUCAGUUUGUUCACAAAUCCAGUGGGUUCUGUAACUCUGGCUGGCCAUGCCCUGCAGUUUCUGCCCUGCACCUGGGCACUGACUGCUUGGGUUGUUACCACACAUCAAUAUUUUCUAUGAGAUACUUGUAUUUUCCAGGUCAGUGCUGGAAUUAUGGCAAAUUGUUCAGUGAAUUUCCUCAAUGUUACUGAACACUAAAAGGGGAAAAGAGCAGAUAUUUAUUAAUUAGAGACUCAAAUGGUACUCACAAGGCAGCUUGAGUCUGGUUUCUUUGGACACAUCUGACUGUUCAGCCAUACCAGUGCCACUGUCUAAUUACUUGAAUGGUUCCUAAGGUAUUUCAGCCUAUGCUGAAACUUGUCUUGCACAGCUUUCAAAGGAAUUGGCAGAACUUGAUCACACAAAGUGAUGGAGACUUCAACUACAGGUCAAAUGAAAUUGCACUAUAAACAUUGGGAAUCUUAGAGUGUUGUGAACACCCAGCCAGAAGUGACUUCUAUUGUGCAUGUUUCACUUGAUUUUAAGUAAUUAUUCCCCUCCUCCCCAGCCUACUGUGGCUAGAGGGCGUGGCUAGGUUGUUUGUUUGUUUUUUUGGUUUUUUUAGGGGUUUUUUUGAGGGUUGAAGAAAAGGAGGGCAAAUGUUCAUUUGUGGUUUUAUCAGACGACAAUCAGGUGCUGUUUUCUUCUUGCAUUUUUUCUGGCCACACUGACCUAUCACCUGGCCUGCAGUCAGCUCCUAGCAAGAAUCUCAACUCUUCCAGCAGGUUCUUACUAGGAAAGUGGGACCAUGAUCACCUCCAGCAGCCCAGGAUGGGAACUAUCCAAUCUUUACAGCCAUACAGUCCUUUUGGGGCCAAGUCCACUGAAGGCAGUGGAGUUAAAUCAGUUUGUAUGUAGCAGUGGUUUCCCAAUGAAGUGGAGAGGAUGUUGUUUGCUACAGUGAUCAUUGUGAAAUGGAUAAAAUUGGUUUUAAUAUGACUUCUAAAUUUUGAGGAUGCCUCUUACUGAGGCAGUGGAUGUUCAGGAGCUCCAAACAACAGUUGAUUGCAAUGAUGCCUUUUUCUUCAGCAUUGGUCAAGCCCAGUUCAGGCAAUCUGUGAAUUGGCUGUGACACAGUUCAUAGAGUUCCCUGCCCAGACCUGGGGACCACACGGGGACAUCGGUAGCACAAGCAGAGCUUAUAAGUACUCUUCUCUGUAAUGUGCUUAUUUUGCUUGUCACUUUAGAGAGCUGCCAAAUUACAGUCCAGGAAUGUGGGUACCCUCCUUUCCUCUGCCCUUUACCCAGCUAUUCAAUGGGAUGGACAAAGCAGCCAUAAGAGUCUCUCCAGACAAGCAACUCUCUUCCUUUUUUCUAUUUCCUGCUGGUGCCCAGGCACAGCCAACAGAGUCUUUCACUGCACAUCCCACAGGCACCAUAGCAGUUGUGUUUGCUCUGUAGAAAAUGUCUCUGUGUUGUGGGCUUUGUUCUCUCAGCUGUGCUAUCCAUGCUGCCAGAUGAUACCACAAGCUAGUAGGAGUCUGACUUUCUAGAGGGGACAUCCACAAGUGCUUAUCAGCUGCCCCCUUCUUUGCCUCUUAUGGAAAAAUAACUCUGGGUUGAGGGAUGAAGUUUUCUCCCACCAGAUGCACCCAUAAAGCUUCUGUUGCCUCAGAAGGAGCAGAGAGAAAUUAAGUGUUUCUGCAGCCUGGAAUAAGCCUUACCUGCAAAAGAAACAAUUUUCGCCACCUUUGUGCACAGAAAUAAGAUUUCUAAGGGCGACUGCACUUUUGUUCUGCAUGGCCAGUACAUUGUUCAUGGGCCUCAUUGAGGACCAAGAGGAAGGGAUAAAGGCAGAGCUCUGAUCAUUUUGGAGAAGGGAUUGGUUCCCUGAGCAUAUUUACCUCUGCAGUUUGGGUCCAGAUCCCAGCAGUCACGAGAGUUCCCACAGACCAUUGCAGGUGCUGGCCCAGUGAGAGUUGUAGCCCUGGAUCCCCCUGGGAGCAGGCAGGAAGGAGAGUGGGAGCUAGGAGAGUUCUGACAUGGUUAACAAGUCAGGAGGACAUUCCUUCCCUCACCUAUUGCUAAGCCUUUCUCAUUACAGAUGCCUUCAAAACAGAGGUGACCAAGAAUGGGAGUUCUGAAAUCUAAGGAAAGCUUUUAAAAUUUUGGUAGAAAAUUUCAAUUGCAAAAGAACUCAGAUUAUUUUGCCUAUAAUUUACCAGAGUGUGAUGUGCUCCAAUUGACUUUAAUUUUUUUUAUCUCACCUGGAAGCUACUUACUGCCCAUGAGUUUUUUACCAGUAAAGUUUUCUGUACCUGCCAGUGUGUGCUCUGAGGUGAAACAAGAUAAAAAUUCAAGAGCCACCAGAUUCUUGAUCAGCUUGAUCAUGGCCAAAAUGUCUACUCAGUUCAGGAGUGGGAGGGAGCUGAACCAAGUAAUGCAGACAGCCUUCCUUGGUCCUUCUUCCAUAGAUGAGUGUAGUUUACAUGAACUGGUUGAAAACAGCUCUGAAGUUGGUCUUCUGACUUGUUCUUUUAAGCUGUUGUUCAUCUUUCUGACUUCAUUCUGUGUCCCCAUACCCUGCCUGAACAAGUCUACAAACAACCCUGGGGAUCAGAAAGGCAAAUUUUAAGGCAGUGUUAGAUUUAUUGUAGGUGAAGGAAUGAAACCUUUCACAUUCCUGCUCAUCAGAGCUGAAAUCUUCCCCCCAUAUAUGGAGCAUUUUAUGCACAGAGCCUGUUGUCUGCUAAGAAUCAAUCAGCUCAUGGAGCCAGAAGCAGCACAAAGUGCUAAAGCUUUUUAAUUAUUUUUUUAAUCAUUAAAAUUACAGUGUGAAAACUUGCUGUGUUUCUACAGAGUAUCCUGAAUUCCAGUUAUGUUAUCUUCUAACACACCCAGGAGUGCCACAGUGCUGCAGCACCACAGAACUAACAGCAACCAGGCUUUUGUGUUACCUCCAGAUGUCCUUGAAGCUGCUGGCUCACGUUGGAGGUGGAAUACUCUCCAUCCUGCUCACUCGUGGUUCCAACCUGUCACAGUCAGCAGUGUGCUCCUGAAGGAGCAUCCACUGGGGGACUGAUUUCAGUGAUUUGUUGUGGUUUUAUUUUAGCUACUGCUAGGAUUUUCCAUCAGUCAGAUAAAACAUGAAUCUAUUGAACUUUAUGACUGUGCAAUGUUAGAGCAGAAGGCAAAGACUGUCACCAAUGUACAGGUUUGAACAGAGCACAGCGGAGCAAGUUAUUUUACACUGUGUCCCUGAGCGAGGACACAACACCUGGGGGAGAAAAGAAAAAAAAAAAAAAAAGCAGCCGUUUGUGUGGUGGAUUUCCCUUGCAGUGAGUUCAUUGCAGCAGAGGUCCGUGAGGAUGAGGAGCAGUGCGGCAGGCGGAGCAGCCGGCGCUGGAUGCGGAGCUGCCAGGGACACCUGCCGGCCGCGGGCAGCAGCACCGGCCACAGGCGGGACAAGGGGCUGCGACAGCCCUGGGAGGAGAACCAGGCAGAUCAAAGUCCACGGGGACUGCAAACGGCACCUUUUAUUCCUAGAUGCUUGGAGACAGGUAAAGAUUCGUUUAACACACAGCGGUAGUAGCACAGAUAGGAGGAGGGAGAGGGUUGUCAUGCAUUUGUAGGAGAGGAGGUUUCCAGAAACAAUCUCUGAGUGAGGUGUAGCAGUCAUAAAAGUGCUGAUGAAUUUACUUUCGCUGAGUUUUAAGACAACAUCGUGUGUCACUGUUUCCCUAUCAGUUGAUGAGGAGUCUUAGCACUUACGUGGCAUAUUGUGCUUUUUCACUAUUUGCUCCUUUGGCAGUGGGAAGUAUGUUAUCAACAGGGAGUGGGGAAGCUAGAGAAAUUGUUACUAGAAAUAAAUCUCAGGGAUUCUGUAUCCCAACACCUUGGCUGCUUCUGUUGGAUUAUACUGCCCAUGUGUUUUAGAUCAGAUUGGGCCCUUUCAGUUUGAACUGGGCCAUGGAGGAUGAAAUCCGACGUGUUCAGAGCUGGUGACUGGUAUGAUAGCUGACUGCUGACCUCACAAGGCAGCUGCUGUUCUCUGCCAAUAUUUAGUCUCACAGGAUGGUGGGUAGAACUUUCACACAUCCUUCAGUGAGUAAAGAGCUCAAAGCCUGUUUACAAAGAUUCAAGCUCAGCCCAAUUGCUUUGGAACACCCAUCCACUGUCUUUGCCCAAAGUGGAACUGGAGAAUGGGGACGUGGCAGUUCAGCACCAGCCACCUCUGGGGGCAAGCUGGGACUAGAGAGCCCAGGCCAGAACCUCUGAAUAUUGCUGCUCUUCUGCCCCCCUUACAGUGGUGGCUGCUCUGCAGUGCUUUGUGUGGUAGAACUCAAAGAUUUCUUCUCUAAUCACUGAUGCCAUGAGCUGGUUAUAAAGGAGUGCAGUGCAUUUUGCAGCUCUGUAAAAAAGAAUUGCACCUAAAACAGAAACCAAGCUUAUUUAAAGGCAAAUGCAUUUUAAUGUCACCAUUAAUCAUUGGCUUUUAAUUGGAAAAAGCUUUCUAAUAUGACAGUAGGAGUACAGAAAAAAUGUUUCAGGGUACUUUACAACACAGAGCACAAAAUAUUUCCUAUGAUUUAAGUAGCUAAAGUACCUUAUUUUCAGCGAGCUUGAAACAUACAUUGUCACUGACUCUCUCCUGACUCCCACAGUGUCUGUUCAGUUUGCAAAUAAAGCCAGAUUUAUGCAGCUUUUCUUUUGCUUACACUGCUAAUGCUAACACCACAUCCAAGUGUUAAACACAAAGCACUAAACUACGUAAUUUUCUGCCUUAAAAUACUGAACAAAUGGUACUUUCCCUGUGAAGGGCUAGUAAAACAAAAUGAUAUUUGCAAGGUAAGAUGCUAUUGUAUGUUUUCAAAUAUUUUUGUAUUGUGUACAUUCUGUAUAUUUUUGUUGUGACAAUAUUAUUUGAGCGCAGAAUCCAUUAAAUUUUUUUGGUGGUU